AUGGCUGAAAGCCAAGACCCGCAGAGAGAAUAUGCAGAUGAAAAAGAAAGAGGCAAAAUGGAAAGCUUUAUGGUCGGAGACCUGGCUUUAUUAAACUCUAAUAACCUGCCUACAGAUGCAGCCUCUGCUAUCUUCCCGACGAAGCUUCGUCUACGGUUUAUUGGACCGUCUAAGGUUGUGGCCAAGCGGGGGCCUAGCGUAUACUCUAAACAUUCCCAAACGGAUGUGCACCACCCGGUGUUUUACAUGGGUUUGCUCAAGCCGUAUCGGGAUCCGGUGCAUGUGAACGCGGAAGCGUUGGCGCAAGAGCGGAUCUCACGGGCCCUCGGUCACCCGGAAACUGAACCGACAACUGGUUCUGAGCACGGAGUACAACAACCUCCAUCUCCAAUGGAGCCAAGCGCUCCACCGUUGCCUGCAGCGACGCAUUCGCCUGCUCCACGGCUAGGAGUCUCUCCGACAGAGCGCGGUAGUCCUCAAGGUGAGGCAGCCGGUGCACGACGCGCUCCAAAUUAUCAAGAGCGUCCGCACAGUAAAAUGCUACUUCAGCAUGACGCUUAG